AUGACUAUUGCAGACAGCACUACGUCGUUCAUACAAACUAGUUGCCUCUUAUCGCAACCUUCGUUUCAUAGUGCCAAAAUCACAGUCAAUCACUGGCAACUUAGAGACUUGGUACAGCCGUUGUCAUCUGAUCCUAAUGAAAUUCUUUACACCUAUGAUGAUACCAUCAGAUCUACAAAUAGAAAGACUGACAAAGUUUCAACCGUUACAAAGCUGGACUUCCACCCAAGAUGCUUUCAAGAAGUUGAUGAUCUUAUUGUUAGUGGUGGUGUUAUCAGCUCAGUGAACAAUAGCAAUAGUAUGACUAAUUUGAAUCGUUCAUUCACCACUUUGAAUGAUGGUAAUACAGGAGCUGGCUCAACUUGGAGAGGUUUAUUUUCUCUUUACAAUAAAAAUACCCAGGAGUCUCAAACAAUCAAGCUUGGUUCAUACAUCAAUAAUAACGUUUCAAUUAGCAAGCAAUCAAAUGGUCAAUAUGCUUCAUAUGUUUGUAAUAACGAUAUGAACUUAUACAACACAGAUAUAAACAACACAUCAAUAACGGUUAAAGAUGCAGUCAACCUAGACUUUCCAUUAAAUCAUUCAGCUUUAUCUGAUGAUGGUAAGAACUUGGUUGUUGUUGGUGAUUCAUCAAAUAUUGUUUUACUUCGUCCAGAUCAAAAUGGUUCAAAUACUUUAUGUCGUGAUAAUAUAAUUGAAACUCAAUGUGACUCAGGGUUUUCUACUUCCUUUGAUAGUUCUGGAUUACAGUUUGCAACUUGUUUCCAAGAUGGUACCUGUCUUAUUUAUGAUCUGAGAAACAUUUCUGCUGGUCCAAUGAAACAUGUUUAUUCAACUAGAAGACACUCUUCAAACGGUGCAUUUAGAUGUGUUAAAUAUUCCAGAGGCACAGAUGACUUGUUAGUAUUGAGUGAACAUGUUGGUAGGGUCCAUGUUGUUGAUACACGAGACUUCAAUAAUCAUCAAGUUAUCAUGUUACCAGUUAAUGAUAACCCACGUUCACGUCAAGCAAGUUCAGCUUCACUAUCCAAUAUCACUUCACAAAGUCGCUCCAAUUCUUCAGUGGAAAAUGUGAAUCCAAGUAUCUACAACCCAAAAAUCUUGGAAUACAAUGAUAUUUUAAAUUAUGAAGGUAACCUUGCUGCCAUCAACACGUUUGAAAACACUUUUGGGACUGCAUAUAACACCAAUCAUAAUUCCAGAAACUUCAAUAAUUUCAAUUUACUGUCUGCCAUUGAAGAUGAAGGUGAAGAUGAUGGCAUGGAUGAUGAAUUUAUAGGUUCAGAUGAAAACCAAAUGGAUGAAGAAGUCUCUACACUUGGAACUUUACACAGAUCUAGUGUUGGCUCAAAUCUCACUGCAAGCACGAUGUCUAGUGAAUUUGAUUAUACGGAUAAUGACAUUAGUGGGUUAGACUGGUAUGAAGAUCGCUAUGGUUCACAUAUUGUUAUAGGUUGCGAUAAAGGGUUGAUCAAUUGGGAUAUUGAUUCUUGGGGUAGAAGAUCAUUUCCAUCAUUCAAAUUAGCAUGA